AUGCUAAUCUUCAUAAAGAAGACCAUUACAUUGGAUGUGGAAUCAUCUGAUUCCAUUGAAAAUGUUAUGGCCAAGAUCCAAGACAAAGAAGGUAUCCCACCGGAUCAACAAAUGUUGAUCUUUGCCAGUAAUCAACUUGAUAAAGGGCUCACACUUUCUAACUACAAUAUUCAUCAUGGAUCUACCAUUGAAUUGGUGCUGCGUCCUAAAGAUUAUGUACGAAUCUUCAUAAAUAAUCAGUUUGAUGGACAGAUCUUUGAAUUGAAAGUAAAGACAUCAGAUACCAUUGAAACUGUAAAAGCCAAGAUCUAUGAAAAACUAGGCACAGAUUUUUGGAGUCCAUCCCAAAUACGUUUAAUCGCUGGCCGUCAUCUUCUUGCAGAUUGGUGCAAAAUUUCCGACUGCGACAUACAAGAGGACACUAUCAUUUUAUUGACGAAUCGUUUAACUGGUGAUUGA